AUGAAUUCAGAAUAUAAAAAUAAUAAUAGUGAUCAUUGUCCUAAGAGAACCUAUUGUGACUCAAACAAUGAUAAUAAUAAUCAUUUAUUUUUAGAUAAUAUUCAAGAGAGAAAAUCAAUUAAAAUAACAAAUAAUAAUGAUGAUGAUGAUGAGUUAGAGAUAUUAGUAAAGGAACUUGAAUCUACGGAUUUCGAGGAUGAAAACUCUAUACUCAAUAUGAUAUUGAUUUAUCAUUUCUAUUUUCGGUUAAUCGAUUUUCAAUGCGAAGUAGUUUGUAAAUGGAGAUCGAAAUGUGUUCAAUACUUUAAUAGCUAUCAUCAUAACAAACAGAUUCAUUAUUACCAUGAGAUUAGCUAUGUUCAUUUCAUUGUCAGUGUAUUCUUUGAUCGAUCUAACGAUGUAUUCAAUAAGAUGACCGACUUAUCAAUAAGUGACUAUCAACCAGUGGUAAUCGAUAUUCAUAAUAGAAUUAUAAAUCAUAAAGAUUUUGAUCUAUGGUUUAAAACAUUACAUCAAGAUGAUAUUGAACAAUUAAAAUACAGAAUCAAGACAUACAACGAUGUUUGUUAUUUUAAUAAGAUUGAAGUUACAGAUAAUUUCAAUUAUGAUCAUCUUUAUAAAUUGGUUUAUGAAAAUAAUAAUAAUACUAAUAAUAAUAUAGAUAAUAAUAAUAAUAAUAAUAAUAAUAAUAAUAAUAAUAAAGAAAUAAUUUUAGAUUCAUCAAAAUCAAACUAUUUACCUGACAUCAUUAUAUCCAAAAUAUUUUGGUUUUCAUUGGAUUUUCAAUUAUAUCAUAGUAGUAGAUUUAAAGAUAAUAUUAGCCAAUCAAUGGAUAUAUACUCUGGAAAACAAAUACUAUUCUAUGCAAUGGGGGAGACAUUCCUUUUGGAGUCGGACGAGUUGGAUCAAGCCAAUCAAGAUGAUCUCGUCUCGAGAAGAUACAUCUACAAUGAAUCGAUCAUGAAAUGCGAUCUAGAAUACCGAGAGUUGGUAACCGAUCAUUGGUAUUUAGUGUAUCCUCCACCUAUGCCAAGUCUCAAGCGUAUCGAUGUUCGUUGUUACAUGGGUUAUACAAAGAACUACAGUAGUUUACUCAUUGAUAUCAUCGAGAGUCUUGGCAGCAAUGUCAAUGGGUGUGGUCUCGAACACUUCACAAUCCGCAUUACCAAAGACUAUGAAAGAAAUCCAGAACAAAACAAGAUUAAAUUUCUCACACAUCUAGUGAGAAAACAUCGCAAGACAUUGAAAUCAGUCAGUCUUCACUAUGAAUCGAUGUCAGAAGAAGACUUUGAAACUCUUUUCCUCACAUUAAGAGAGAUACUACCAAACCUUUUACGAUUUAAAAUUCAAUUGGGUAUAAAAGUAGAACAAAGAAUUCCAAACAACUACAAAUUCAUCAGAGAUUGUAAAGAUGAGUUAGAUACAAUUGCUUCUCAAUAUCUAUUGGAUCUAACAGAGAAAUUUAAUCAAGACCGGAAAAGCAAUAAGGAUUCUAAUUUAUUAUUUGCAAAGACAAUUAGAUUUAGAAGAUACAUUAGAAAGGACAAUAAUUAA